UGGUUAUAGUAUUCCGCAAGUUGCUCAAUUGCUUAUAGUCACAGAGCUCAUUUAUGCUAAGAAUCCAAGUGUUCACCAACUUCUCUCAACUUCCAAAAACAUAGGGUGCCUCCAUUCUCAGCCUGUACUUCUAUUAGUUCCUGAUAGUGACAAAUUGCAGAACCAAGUUAAGCUUGUUAGCUCUACCAUGGCGCACUCGCGGGUGUCACUGCUUUUAUUCUGCAUUUGCUUCUUUCUAACCGUCCAAGCUAGAAGGCAUAACCAUGUAAAACACAAGCAUGCUCAUCAUCUUGACAAAACUGAUGAAAUUCAGGAAGCUCCUGCUUCUGCACCUCAGCCUAAUAAUCCAUCUAAUGGCAGGAAUGCCUAUAAUUUUACUGCUAUCCCGCCUAACCAUGGGAAUGCCUAUAAUCUUCCUGCCGCUCCUCGUCCUUCAGCUGACACUUCUAGCCCACCUAAUUAUGGGAAUGCUUAUAAUUCUACUGGAGCUCUAUCUCCUUCACCAGCGCCUGCUAACCCACCUAAAGAUGAUGAUUCCAAAGCUGGUGUUUUUGAUGUGCGUAAAUUUGGCGCUGUUGGUGAUGGUAUAACAGAUGACACUGAAGCAUUUAAGAUGGCAUGGGACACUGCUUGCCAAAAUGAUUCCGCUGUCAUUCUUGUUCCGUAUGGUUUUACCUUCAUGAUUCAAUCCACAAUUUUCACUGGUCCUUGUCAAGGUCGCUUGGUGUUUCAGGUUGAUGGUACUCUUUCGCCUCCAGAUGGACCAGACUCCUGGCCACAGAAAAACAGCAAGCGCCAGUGGCUGGUCUUCUACAGAAUCAAUGCAAUGUCACUACAAGGGGGUGGCGUUAUUGAUGGCAGAGGACAGAAAUGGUGGGAUCUUCCUUGCAAACCCCAUAAGGGCGUAAAGGGAACAACAUCUCCAGGGCCAUGUGAUAGCCCCACUGCCAUAAGGUUCUUCAUGAGCUAUAACUUGACAGUUCAAGGAGUAAGAAUCAAGGAUAGCCCUCAGUUUAACUUCAGAUUCGACAACUGCAAGAAUGUCCAUGUAGAAUCCAUUCACAUAACAGCCCCUGCCCUGAGUCCCAACACUGAUGGGAUCCACAUAGAGAACACUAAUGGCGUUGAAAUAUAUAAUUCAGUUAUCUCCAAUGGUGAUGAUUGUGUAUCCAUAGGAUCAGGUUGCUUCGAUGUAGAUAUAAAGAACAUCACAUGUGGCCCUGGUCACGGAAUCAGCAUUGGGAGCCUAGGCAACCACAAUUCGCGAGCCUGUGUUUCCAAUAUCACAGUAAGUGACUCGGUGAUUAAAGUUUCAGAUAAUGGAGUUAGAAUAAAGACAUGGCAAGGUGGAUCUGGAGCAGUAUCAGGAAUAACAUUCAGUAAUAUUCACAUGAACAAUGUAAGGAACCCAAUCAUAAUCGACCAAUUCUACUGCCUCAACAAGGCUUGCACCAACCAAACUUCAGCAGUCCAUAUAUCAGAUAUUCUAUAUUCAAACAUCAAGGGAACCUACGAUAUUCGUAGCCCACCAAUGCAUUUCGCUUGCAGCGAUUCCGUCCCCUGCACUAACUUGACACUCUCAGACGUUGAGCUUCUACCGUCUCAAGGAAUGUUGAUGAAAGACCCAUUUUGUUGGAAUGCUUAUGGCGAUUUACAAACAUUAACCAUUCCACCAGUCUCUUGCUUGAUGGAGGGAAUUCCUCAAUCAAUCUUGGAUAGUGACAUAGAACAUUGCUGAUUCAUAUACAUGUAAAAACUAUAGUUUCAAAUAAUCACUGCGGAGUGAUGUGUAUUAUUAUCUUCUCCCUAUAUAAAGCAUGCAUGGUCGUCGUUAA